AUGGAUGCUCUGGCCAGCAGCCCCCUUGGAUGGCUCUGUGCGGGCGUUGCUGCGCUCUUUGGGGUGGCUGUGCUCUGGGUGGCCAAGAGGAGCCCAGUGGAGAAGGUCGAGGUGCUGGUGUGGAGCCUCCUGCCUGCCUCGCUGGGGCUGCUGUGCGCGGCUGCGCUGGGUGCUGGCGGGGGGCUGGUGGUCUGUGCCAUCACCCUCCUCUCCUCCGUGUACCUGGGCGGCAGGGCGCUGCUGCCCGUGGGCGACAGAGCCGUGCUCAUCACAGGAAGCGACACUGGGAUUGGACAUGCACUGGCUAAAUACCUGGAUGACUUAGGUUUUGUUGUGUUUGCUGGGGUUUUGAAUAAGGAUGGACCUGGAGCUGAGGAACUGAGACGGACCUGUUCUCAGAGACUCUCUCUUCUGCAGCUGGAUAUAACCAAUGCCACUCAAAUCAAGGAAGCCUAUCUAAAAGUCUUGGAGAAGGUGCAAAAUACAGGGCUCUGGGGAGUCGUGAACAAUGCGGGCAUCCUGGGCUUCCCCGCCGACAGCGAGCUGCUCCCCAUGAGCAUGUACAGGCAGUGCAUGGAGGUGAAUUUCUUUGGAGCUGUAGCAGUGUCCAAGGCUUUCUUACCAUUACUUCGGAAAUCCCAGGGGAGGCUGGUUAAUAUGUCCAGCAUGGCAGGAGGCAUUCCACUACCAAGAUACGCUGCGUACGGCGCAUCAAAAGCAGCUCUGUCCAUGUUUUCCGGAGUAAUGAGGCAAGAGCUUUCCAAGUGGGGAAUUAAAGUCGCUGUAAUUCAUCCAUCAGGCUUCCAGACAGGUAUACAAGGGACAUCUGACCUGUGGGAUAAGCAAGAAAAGGAGCUGAUGGAGAACCUGCCAGCAGACACGAGAGAAGACUAUGGUGAGGAGUACCUCCUAGGGCUGAAGAGCUACCUUCUGCACGUGCCCAUGUACUGCGAUGCCGACCUCUCCCCGGUUCUGAGCGCCAUCCUGCACGCUUUGCUGGCCAAGAGGCCACACGGCUUGUACACGCCUGGCAAAGGGGCUUACAUGACCCUCUGCAUUUUCUGCUAUUUUCCUCUCUGGUUCUAUGACUUUUUCAUUAGGAAGAUGCUGAUGUCCUGA